UUGAACUUAUGCAGCGCUUAUGCGGAAAAAAAAGUAAGCGGUGACCUGUGCAAUCGUUUAUGUUAUCGAAAGGACUGGAAUGUCUUAGAUAUCCAUGAAGGGAAUAAAAUCGUCAUAAUAAUCAAGGAUGGUGGCCAGGAGGUUGUCCUGAAAAGCCAGCAUGCAAGCAUCGAUGAUUUUCAGCAUUUGGAUCGGCGUGUCAACGAAAGUGAUUUCUUUGAUGCUGUGCUUGGUACCGUGAACUAUAACCUAAGGUUAGGUUGGCCGGCACACUACAAACGCCAUCUGAUCGAAAUUCUUUGGCCAACAUAUGUCCGGAAGCAAGGUGGCCCCCUAUCGGAUGCGGAUCGUCGUAGUCUCUGGGCACUUCUUUCGCAGGAUGAAUACAUUACAUUUCGGGUAUUGCCGCUUUCACGCGUUACACCAAAGAUAAUCGGGAGCUGUGGACAUUUUUAUCAGGUGGAAAAACUGGUUGCAUUUCACAUGAAAGGUUAUUAUAUGAAUUUGAAAGCGAAAAUAUUGCUUCAUUUA